AUGGCCCAUCUCAGAUACUACAAUUACCCCGGAGUCGGAGAAUCCCAUCGGAUAGACUAUCACUACAGCCAGACUGUUCGAAUUGGCGACAAAAUAGAGUGCUCCGGCCAAGGUGGCUGGUUCCCCGAACAAGGCAUAAAUUCAAUCCCGAGAGAGAUCAAUGCACAGAUCGAUCAAGCAUUUUGCAAUGUUGAUCUUGCACUGAAGACAGCCGGCAGCAAGGGCUGGUCACAAGUAUAUAAAGUGCGCUCCUAUCACGUUCCUAUUAACGGAGAAGCCCUUGAGGCCAUGUUGAGGAACUUCAAGAAGUGGAUGCCCGACCACCAGCCUUUGUAUACUUGUGUUGGCGUGCAACGACUAGGGGAGGAUGAUAUGCGUGUGGAGAUUGAGGUGGAGGCCCAUGAUCCUGCUGGGAGUGAGAAGAAGUAA